AUGGCUACGGCGGUUGGCGCCGCCAAGGCCAAGACCAAAGGCAAGCGGCUGCUCCAGGAAGUCUUGAAUGCCCAUGGCGACAUUGAAACCUCUGAGGAAAAGGCAUCGGCGCUCGCCAACUGGAACAAGCGCAAGACCCUCGCACAGGCCAGCGGCGGUCGCGAUUGA